CGGCGGCGGCGGGGCGGCGGCAGAGCCGGAGCGGAGCGGGGACCGUGCGGGAACGGCCACGGAACCGGGGCUGGGAUCGGCUACGGAACCGGGUACGGGAUAGCGGGGCAGAGCGGCCUCAGCACUAUGUCCGUCAGCAGCCACGAGAACCGGAAAUCCCGCUCGAGCUCCGGCUCCAUGAACAUCCACCUCUUCCACAAACCGGGCCACGCCGACAGCCUCCUCACCCAACUGAACCUGCUCCGCCAGCAGAACCUCUUCACCGACGUGGUGCUGCGGGCUGGGAACCAGAGCUUCCCGUGCCACCGCGCCGUCCUGGCCGCCUGCAGCCGCUACUUCAAUGCCAUGUUCAGCGGGGGCCUGAAAGAGAGCAGAGAUACCGAAGUCAACUUCCAYGACUCCCUGCACCCCGAGGUGCUGGAGCUGCUGCUGGACUACGCCUACUCAGCCCGRGUGCUGAUCAACGAGGAGAACGCGGAGUCCCUGCUGGAGGCYGGGGACAUGCUGCAGUUCCAGGAUAUCCGGGAUGCUUCGGCUGACUUUCUGGAGAAGAAUCUGUACCCCGGGAAUUGCCUGAACAUGCUGCUGCUGUCCGAUGCCCACUGCUGCGARCGGCUGCUGGAGCUGUCCUGGAGGAUGGCGUUGGCCAACUUCACCUCGCUCUGCAAGACCGAAGAUUUUCUUCGACUGCCCAAAGACAAGCUGCUGGACCUGGUGGAGAGYGAGGAGCUGGAGGUGGAGGAUGAGACGCUGGUCUACGAAGCUGUUAUGGGCUGGAUCCGCUAUGAUUUGCCCCGGCGCCACGAAGUUCUGCCCGAGCUGCUGCGCUCCGUGCGCCUGGCCCUGCUGCCUGAGCCCUACCUGCGGAAGCAGGUGGCCUGCGAGAAGCUGGUGACCAGCCACAAGCUGGGGGAGGAGAUCGUGGCCGAUGCCGUGCGAUGCAAAAUGAAGAUCCUGCAGAACGACGGSCUGGUGACGGGGUGCUGUGCCCGGCCCCGCAAGGUCAGCCAGGCCCUGCUGCUGCUCGGGGGCCAGACCUUCAUGUGCGACAAGAUUUACAUGCUGGACCAUAAAACCAGCGAGAUCAUCCCUCGUGCCGACAUCCCCAGCCCCCGCAAGGAGUGCAGUGCCUGCGCCAUCGGCUGCAAGGUCUACAUCACGGGUGGCAAGGGCUCCGAGAAUGGUGCUUCCAAGGAUGUCUGGGUCUACGACACGCUCCACGACGAGUGGGCCAAAGCUGCUCCCAUGCUGGUGGCACGGUUUGGCCACGGCUCCGCCGAGCUGGACCACUGCCUGUACGUGGUGGGGGGUCACACGGCCAUGAGCGGGGCCUUCCCGGCCUCUCCCUCUGUGUCCCUCAAGCAAGUGGAGCACUACGACCCUCAGCUGGACAAGUGGACCCUGGUGGCUCCGCUCCGGGAAGGUGUCAGCAACGCCGCCGUGGUGGGAGCCAAGAUGAAGCUGUUUGUUUUUGGGGGCACCAGUGCCAACCAGAACAAGCUGCCCAAGGUGCAGUGCUUCGAYCCCUGCCAGAACCGCUGGACGGUGCCCGCCAGCUGCCCCCAGCCCUGGCGCUACACGGCYGCYGCCGUGGUGGGCAGCCACRUCAUCGUCAUCGGUGGGGACACCGAGUUCUCCGCCAGCUCCGCUUACCGCUUCCACAGCGACACCUUCCAGUGGUCCAAGUUCGGGGAUGUCACCGCCAAGUGCAUCAGCUGCCGYGCUGUCACCUCAGGGAACAGGCUCUACGUGGUGGGGGGCUACUGCGGGGCUCAGCGCUGCAAAACCCUGGACUGCUACGACCCCUCAUCUGACACCUGGAGCAGCGUCACCACGGUGCCUUAUUCCCUCAUCCCCACCGCCUUCGUCAGCACCUGGAAGUACCUGUCAGCCUGAGCGUGGCGAAGGAUCUGGAAGGCUUCUCACCUGAUUUUGCCAGUGCCUCCGUUGACUGAAGAUGCAGAUGAGCACACAGAGGAGCAGGACACCUCCUCCCAGCUGGCAUAUCUGUGAGCUGGGUGCCAGCAUGGAUCCCAUCAGCACCAGCAGGGCUCAAGGCAACACGGUUUUGGCUUUGAAUGGCUUCUGCAAACCCAUCCCCUUGGUCAGGCCAGGGAGGGGACAAGCACAGAGGGACCUCCUUGGGCUGACAGCUUGUGCUGUCCCUUGAGACAGCAAAAGGUUUUCAAGUGUUCUCCUAACUUGUGUGAUCUCAGAGCAGGAACCAGAAGGAUUAUUUUGCUUUUGGUGAUACUAGAAAGGACAAAGGACACUCCUGACCAGCUGCAGGCUCUGGACUGUGCUGCUGGACUCGCAGCACCCAGGCAGGUGCCUGGAAUGUCAGAACAUGUGACAGUACUUUGCCCACGGGCUGGUUCUGUACAUUUAGGGUUUUUUUAUACAUCAGUUUUGUGUGUUUAUUACUCAGCCUGGAGCUGCUUUAAUAAAUCUGAUUAAA